UCUAAGCCCCAUGGAAAAUAUUUUACGGCUAAUGAAAAGAAAGCUUCGAAAUGAGCCACAAAUAAACAUUUCUGCAUAAAAAGAAGGCACUGUAAAUGGCAAGCAAUAGAAACACAAUUAUGCCAAAUUCGAAAAAGGCUGUGUCAAAGUUCGUUAACAUCAACAAUCAAUGUUGUAAUAACAACAAAUGCUGCUGCAACAACGUCAUCCGCAGGCCCCACAAAAUGUAAUUGGGCCAGGGCGUGGAACUGAAAAGGGCCCACUCAGCUUGGCAGUGGGCAACGGUCAACGGCAACGGCAACAGAAAUACCACUGAGAACCGCAACAAUCGACAGCAAGAGCAAUCACUACAGCAGCAGCAUCAGGACACCAAACAAAAUACGCAACAUAAAUGAAGUUAACAACCUGUCAAAUUGCUAAAUUAUUUCCGCUGUUGACAGCCUUCUUCUUCCUCAAUUCUCCCAGCGCAGCCUCAUUAUCCUUCGGUUUGAGUCCCACCUUCGCCUCCGCCUCCAGCUCCAGCUCCUUGUCCUCGUCCUCGUCCUCGUCCUCCCACUUCCACUCAGAAAGACCCCUCCGCUCGGAUGUACUCGUCCUGCGAGCGGCCAAGCCAGCCAGAGCCUUUGCAACAAACGCAGAUGCGGCUACGCGGCCAGUGCCAGCGACAGCGGCAGCAACAACACUUGGCAGCAAGUCAAUUUGGCCGACAGCUACACAAACAAAAAGUCCGCGUAAUGCGCGUGAAGCUGGCCGCCACAAACGUCAAAUGCAACAGCCCGCAAUCCAGCAGAAACCACUGCAGCAGCAGCAACAGCGCAUUAAUCCCCCGCAGCAAAAGCGACAGCAGCAGCAAGUGCAACAUCAGACUCAACGAGUGGGCGUGUUGAUACCUGCUUCGCUGCACGUUGAUUUGACGCAUGUGCAACAGGGCUUUCAGAAUUUCCUCGACUUUUUCCAACUGCAUUUAUUUAAUGUCACCGUCGAUUUUCUACGUGAUGUGGACUUAAGCGGCUUCAUUAAAUUACUCGAGCUGCCCAAGUACACGAGCGUUAUAAAGACUUUAAAUGCGGGCAUUAUGGUAGACAGCCACGUGGACGUGGACCAAAAUUCCAAUAUGGACACUGGCACGCCCAGCCAGCCACGUCAGCAACAUCGGCUGCAUUCAAAGCAGGAGCAGGAGCCACAUCGUCAUCAUCAUCAGGACUCCAAAGCAAAACAGUUUCCAGCGGGCGAGGAGGAAUCCCAUUCAUCCGGCGAGACCGGGGAAAAUCAUUGGAACGACGCCCGCAGCUUCUCGGGUCACUGUCAUCAGCUGGCUGAGCAACUGGCCCUCGAUUUCAAUAAGACCGUCGUCCUGUGGCCCUGUCCGCGAAUGAAAAUCUCCAGCAAUUUUCUGCCGUCAUUCGAAGCAAUUUCCCUAGCUGUACAAAGCAUUUCCACCAAGUUGAACUGGUCGCAAGUUGAUAUCUAUAUUGGCGACGACAAUUGGGGCCUAGGACUGGCCAUCGCCGCCAACUUGCAUGUGCCGUAUCGCAUCGAAAUUGGCAGGACAAUACGUGACCUGCAUUCGCAGGAUAAGCCGGGCAAAGCAAUUAUUAUCACAGCCCCGCUGAGCGAUGCGAGCACCACCCUCCUGUUGUCCACCAUCGAGUUGGACUGGACGGAGCAGGCGAGGAAGGACGGCCAGGGGUCGAGGCCGAGGAGGCAGCACACCAAAAUCCUACUCAUCGACAUGGCGGCCAGCUCAUUGGACAUCCAGCAUGGGUUCUACAAAUAUUUGGCUCGAAUGGGUGGGUCACAGAGGGACGCCUCCGCACGCAACACGGGUUCUCCGGCCGAAAUGGUCAGCAGCAAUCUGUUGGUGCUGACUCUGCUAAACGACAGACAUCGACUCUUUCUGAAUGCGGCCGGACUGAUGGCAACAAUGCAGAACUUUCGCGCUCCCCCCAACGGCAACCACAAGGAUCCACCAUCCUCCGGCCAACGCAAUGCCAGCCUGCACAAGCUGUACCCGUACCGCAAUCUCCUCCCGCUCUACGAUACGAUUGUGACCACCACUACCCAAUCGGACACUUCAGAAACCAGUCCCCAAUAUGAUUUUGUGGUGCUGGACAUCGUUAGGGACGCCCCGGUCGCCACCUACAAGUGGCGACCACUGCUCAUUCUGGAGAGCGACCCGGGAAGUCGAGGAGGUGGGUCGGAGGUGGAAGGGAGUGGCUCUUACAUCUCCCACUCCAUACACCCUGGAUACGACGAGUGGUUGCUGGUCAGCAGUGUACUCCUGUGGCAAUGUGGUGCCAUCUGCUGGACCAUCGCGGCGAUCUGUGUGGGCCUGUUGGUCAUCAUGAUAGCGGGCAUAGUAGCCGGGGGAAUCGCCAUGAGGAACUACUUCUUACGUAAGCGUCUCUCCAAGGGGCCCAACAAAAUAGUCCUUUCUGCCAGCGAUUUUGUUUUCCCAGUGGAUUCCCGAAGGGUCGAUGAGGGCAUAGAGGCCAUGCUAUGCUGUUGGCUGCAGCAGUUGCAGGAGUUUGGAGGCCCGGAAGUAGACAAGCCGGAUCUUCUUAAGGGUUCCAUUGGCUCCCUGAAGAAUCUAGGUUUCGUGAUUCCCGGUGCAGCCGCGCCGGGUUCGGCUGGAGCCAUCACAGCCACGGCGAACGGGAAAAGCGGCUCCUCCGCCACUGGCAGCUUAGCCAGGCACAACCCCGCCCAUCUGGACAUGAGAGCUCGGUAUAAUGGAGAUCUCGUGCAGCUCAAGGAGGUGAAUAUAAACGGAUCUGCGGAGCUGCGCACCAAGGCAAUGGAUCUACUCGUAAUGGCCCAUGGGCUGAGGCACGAGAAUAUAAACCCCUUAUUAGGCUGGCUAUCUGAUCCCAACCGCACGGCCAUGGUCUUUGAUUACUGCUCCAGAGGAUCGCUGCAAGAUGUGCUUAUCAUGGAUGAGAUCAAGCUGGACUGGUCGUUUCGGCUGAGCUUGCUUACGGAUCUGGUCAGGGGCAUGCGAUACCUUCACACCUCGCCUUUGAGAGUCCAUGGGGCCUUGACCUCGAGAAACUGCGUAGUGGAUGCCCGAUGGGUCCUGAAAAUCACCGACUAUGGGUUGAAUUCCUUUUAUGAAUCGCAGGGCCUUCCGCCAAGACCCAGGAGCGCCAAAGAGCUAUUGUGGACAGCUCCAGAGCUCCUUCGAAACAUGAAGCUCCACCAGCAUCAGCACCACCAUCACCAUCAGCACGGCCGGAUUCAGUUGGGAACCCAACUCGGAGACGUAUAUUCCUUUGGUAUCAUUAUGCAGGAGGUGGUGGUCAGGGGAGAGCCCUACUGCAUGCUCUCCCUCUCGCCGGAGGAAAUAAUAGUCAAAAUUAAAAAGCCCCCGCCUCUGAUACGGCCGUCCGUUUCCAAGGGAGCCGCUCCCCCGGAGGCCAUCAAUAUCAUGCGUCAGUGCUGGGCCGAACAGCCUGACAUGCGUCCCGACUUCAACUCGGUGUAUGAGCGCUUCAAGAUGCUGAACCAUGGACGCAAGGUAAACUUUGUGGACACGAUGUUCCAAAUGCUCGAGAAGUACUCGAAUAACUUGGAGGAGUUGAUUCGGGAGCGCACUGAACAACUGGACAUUGAACGAAAGAAGACUGAACAGCUGCUGAACCGCAUGUUACCAAGCUCGGUUGCUGAAAAACUAAAGAUGGGCUUGGCCGUCGACCCGGAAGAAUUUUCCGACGUAACCAUAUACUUCAGUGACAUUGUUGGUUUUACAACAAUCGCCGCCCAUUGCAGUCCUGUUCAAGUUGUGGACUUGCUCAACGAUCUCUAUACGAUCUUCGAUGCCACAAUUAACGCCUACAACGUGUACAAGGUGGAGACAAUCGGCGAUGCGUAUAUGGUGGUUAGCGGACUACCUGUGAAAAUACCCGACCAUGCUGAGCAGAUAGCUACCAUGGCCUUGGAUCUUCUGCAUCAAAGUGGUCGUUUCAAUGUGAAGCAUCUUCCCGGAGUUCCACUCCAACUGAGAAUCGGCCUCCACACGGGUCCGUGUUGCGCCGGAGUGGUGGGGCUCACGAUGCCCAGGUACUGCCUUUUUGGGGACACAGUGAACACGGCAUCGAGAAUGGAGUCGACCGGAUCCUCCUGGCGCAUCCAUAUGUCCCAGGAGACGCGGGAUCGACUGGAUGCUCGGGGUGGCUAUGCCAUCGAGCCAAGGGGUCUCAUCGACAUCAAGGGAAAGGGCAUGAUGAACACCUUCUGGCUGCUGGGAAAAAAAGGAUUCGACAAGCCGCUGCCGGCACCGCCGCCUAUUGGAGAAUCUCACGGCUUGGAUGAGUCCCUUAUACGCAACUCAAUUACGCUGAAGGCGCAGGCCAACAAGUCUCGGACGAGCACAAAUCCCUCCUCUUCGCAGAGCUCCUCGCUGGCUGGGGAAUCCGUCGAGGUGAAGGUCGAGAUAACACCGCCGACCAACGCAGACUUAGCUUCCGGGGCCAAUCUCCCCAACUCAUACUCCCUGGACUCCAAUUCCACCAACACAAUUAGCCCCAACGCCACCCUUUGUCCGGAGUUUCCGGGCAAGACAACCCCCAGCAGUACCAGCCCACAGUCGCGGAAGCUCUCCGAACUGACUCCAGAUAAUCUACUCAACCCAAACAGCUUCAACCGGCUGCCGAGCUCCACAGGAGGAUCCAGCUCCAGGCUGUACAAAAAGAUCGAGGAGAUGAUGGACCUCAGCUCGCCGUACAACCACUACAAAUGCCUCAGUCCCAGCGAGAGCAACCUCACUCAGUUCUACGACGGGAAAUACCUCUACGGCAGUGCGGCGGGCGGAGCGGGUGGUGGACAAGCGGGCGGAGGCGCCUGCCCCUCGAUAGCCUUGAGCGGCAGUGGGUGUGGGGGAGGAGCCUCUCGGUUCGACAGCAAGCCCGGCUCCAGUCGCCUCCUGCGUCGGCAGUUCAGCUUGGAUCGCGACGACCAGCAGGCGAAGGGAGAGCAGCAGCACCACCAGCACUCCCUGCAGGCAAACACCUACUCGGGCCUGGUGGGCGGUUGUGGCGGGGGUGUCAAGAGCUCCAUGCUGGACAUACCUCUCUUGCACGACACUACUCGCAGUCCCAAGGGAACGCUAACGCGGUCCCACAAGCAGAACUCCGCCUCGAUCACCCAGGAUCUGGAGAAGAUCGAGGAGAUCCCGCUGUCGCCGGCCUCCUCGCAGCACCACAGUAGCCUGGACAGCAACCUAAACCGCAGUCCGCCAUCAACGCUGGAGGCGCAGUCGCCGCCGCUGCCGCCCAUGAGUCCGCCCCAGCUUUCCGCCCCCACAUCGCCGGCCCCGUCCAGGACUUUGAACGGGAUCUAUGCCCACAACAGCAAUAGUGCCAGCUCCAAUGGAGCGGCCAACAACAAUAAUGGCACCCAUCCCGGCCCAGAGCUGACCCUUAAUGCAGAGCAGCUGCUGAGCAGAUAGGGCACAAUCUAAGGCCCCCAGACAGGGCGCCGAACAAAGCUUUAGGUCUCAUCCGAACCGAGUUUGAGUGUGCGAGUGUGUGAUGGGGGGGAGGUCAAGCUGGAGAAAUGUUGUCCAACACCCAUGUUUCACCGACACACACUUUUUAUAUAUAAUCAUAAAAGAUGCCUUGAAAAUUGGGUGUCGGCUCGAAUGUGCCAGUGGAACUAAUCAAUAAACCAGUACAAGCUAAAAUGAAGCUUUCUGCCCAACUAUAUCCUUUAUUUUUAAAAAGUAAAAUAACCCUUGGCCUCUACGUUUAAACGUUCUUAAGUAAUAAUUGAUUCUUCAAGCGGCAGAUAUUUUGGUUUUUUGCAACACUUAGCAUACUUAGUGGCAUUCAAAAUGGGGAUAGCAUAUAAAUGUACUAUUUAAGCACAAAUGAAUGAAUACAUCCAAGUAUGUAUUCCAAACAUGGAAAAGUCCAGCCCAAUUUGGUGAAAACUCAUUCUCGGACAACAUUUCCCCAACGAUUCCUCCCAGUCCCAGAGUGUGAGUAUGUGAAUGAUAUCAAUUUGAAAAUGUUGUGAUGUGAAAGCAAAGUACCUCGAUCCAGGGCAGCUUGAUCCAGCUGCAAUUGAAAGUACAAUUUAGUUCAAGGUGUGACUAACAACCUAGUCCGCAGUCCAUUUUCAUUAGCAAAGAUCUGCGUUUCUCAAAUAUAGAACGUAGACUUUCCGGAAUCUGUUUACUUCUAGGAAAACAGGUCCUUCAGCAUUUAGUUGUACCCAGUGUUCAUAUUAGAUGGCUGACGACAUUACUAGGUUGCUGAUCUUAGUAAAAUAUUAUUAUUUACUAGUUUAAUGAUGAAAAUGCAAUAACUGAAUGGCAAAUUAAAUGUAUUCGAUUAAUUCUUUCCAAUUUACGUAACCUACACGUAACCCAAUUAUGUGAACUUAGUAAUCAUUUGAAAACUUCAUAUAUGAGUUGAAGCGUUACAGGUAACAGAAAAAGGAAGCAUUGUAAACUUUUCUACAUAAAUUCAAACCAAACUAACAAAUAAAAUUGUAAUCAAAAUGUCUGCAUACUAAAUAUCGGAUCUAAAAAUGCUGGCUGUUCUUUUGUUUCACUCGUGUGCAUGUUCAAAUAUAUACAUAUGUAUACCUACUUAUAACUAUGGGUACAUGAAGUUCCUUUUAUAAUAACAAAUAACAAAUUAGAUUAAUUGGGAAUAUUAAUGAAUAUAGUGGACAUUAAAAAAUAUCUAUGGAAUAAGCGUCGCAUACGUGAAUUUAGUUUUCUAAAGACAAUCGUUGUUACUUUAAAGAAAAACAAAAUGUAGAAAAAUAUUAUUAGUCCCCAUGUGAUCGAGAAGGGUUUGUCUCCGUGUCAUAAUAUAUUUUAUAUUUUGUAACCUAGAUGUAUUGUAAUCUCCAUCUAUCCCAUGCGUAUGUGUCGAAAAUAAAUAAUAGAAUUCGCAUAGAUAAAUUGACCUCAUACUAACACUUCUAUUCUACGUACAUAUAGUCUAUAGCAGGGCUGUGAUCCCAUAUCCUUUUGACAUUGGUUCGGUUAGGGGUUGGAGGCUGAACGACUGAUAAGGUUCCAGUUGGCAAAGCGGUUCGUCAAUCCCUGACGUGGUUUCCUAAAUGCCUGGCACAAACUAUCUAUCUCAAUGUUAUUACAAACAUGCAGCACCCAAAAUAUUGAGCAUUUUUCAACACUGCAAAAUAAGUUGUAUUCUUUCUGGAACCGAACACGAUUCGGUUCAGAUCCAGUUCAUUCCCGAAAAACAUCAGGGCUCGGUGUUACUGGAUCACAGCCCUGGUCUGUAGUCUCUAUGUUAUUAUAACAGAGUGUAAUUAAAAGCCAACUAAAACAGUUCACACAGACUGCUUUAAACAAAUAUAUAAUUUCCCAGAAUAUUUUGGUUUUGUCAUUAAUGGCUGUUCAAAUUUACAACAAUUCCUAUGUCAAUUAAGGCAAAUAUAAUAUAACGAAGAGAAUAUGGUGCCCAGUUCAUCAACUUCCAGAUACCAUUUACUCAGAUAAUGAGUGAACUUGGGAGAUGGAGCUAUGCCAUUAGAAAAAAACGGUAUCCUUGAUUCUAGAAUGGACGUAUAAUAAAAAUAUCGAUAAAAACUUGCAAAUAAUGAGUUAGAACUUAAAACAAUAUUUUAAAAGAGCGUAGUUACAGAAUCGGAGUGCUUUAUCUCUAAGUGCUAGCUUCAUAGUUCCCAAAAUGUUGGCUCCACAGGUGAUUUUAAUCAAGAAUACACGACUUUAUAAGAUCGGAACGCUUUCCUAUUUUUUACUUACUUUUCAACUAAUCUAGAAUACCCGUUUUCUCUGCGAGAAAUAGGAAUUAAGUGCUCUGAAACAUAAUUAAGUGCAUAAUGCCUUGAAACCUUUUUAUAGUCGUAACCCGUAGAGUAUUCGUUGAUAAGAAUGCAACAGAUAGAAGGAAGCGCAUCCGAUCCUGUAAAGUAUAUAUAUUCUUGGUCAGGACCACAUGCCGAGACGAUCUAGCCAUGUCCAUCUCUCUGUCCGUCUGUCCGUCCGUGAGAACGUCGUAAUCUACGGAACUAUUGAAGCGAAAAAGUUCAGAUUAGACAUGCAUUUUUUCUUUUAUUAUUUAUUAAGACAUUGCCACGCCCACCGUAUUGCCCACAAACCGUCUAAAACUGUUACGGUCACACUUUUGUAAAGUUUUUUGAGUUUUUGUUAAUUUUUUUCAUUUUGUCAUUGUUUUUGUAUGGGAAUAAAUCUUUUCAAAUUUUCCUAGCCCUCUGAUUAGCUGAGUAACAGAUAACUGAUAGUCGAGGAAUCGACUAUAGCAUACUCUCUUGUUUAUCAUUAAAACAACAAACAUUUCAAGGUUAUUGAGACUUGUACCGUUUAUGUAACUGUAAAUGUAGUCUGAUUUGUAGUCUU